UUUACCAAUCCCUGGCGUUGUUUUUAUUGACCAGAAUCAUCAAGGACAGUGUUGAGAUCUAUUAAAAUAAAAAAUGAAAAAACAAAAAAACAGAAGUGCAGUCUGAGGAACAGAACUGAGGAAUUCUGUGAGUUGAAAUCCGCCCGUCAGCAAAGCGACGAUACAUUGCAUAAUUCGAACCAAAUUAAUAGCGCAGGUUUUUUUUUUCCUUCUUAUUGUUGUACAUUUCUGGCUUGCAUUCCAGUUACGCAUGGGGAUCAUAGGAGUUGUAGUCCAUCCCAUCCGGAGUGUGGAAGGAAGGCUUCCUAAGCAACAAGACGACAUCUGCAACAAUAAGGUAGGGCGGCAGCGAGUCAGCGCGCAUGCUCAGUAACAGUCAUUUGGCAGUGUCGGCCGCGGGAGAAUUUGAAUCUGACAGCGGAAGCGCCAAAUUGAAUCGGUGGCUGUAAAUACGGGAGAAGCGGAAAAGUGAGCCCGGCCACCUCUGCCCGUGGAAAACCGCGUACGUUUGAACGGAUGCCGGAUAGGGAGCAUCUCCUCGUCGCGAAUCCCGAAUUCGAGAGCCUGUUAAAUAAAAAGUGUUCAAGUUACUAGGCCUCAAGAAUCUGUAGCGACGCCUACCAGGAAAGCGGACGUCUGUGAACUACAAAUAGUAUACCAUGAAAAAACAUGAGGCUUUCCUAAAGGCUAUAUGUAAGGAUUCCAUUGAAGAGUUUUUGCAUUUCAUCCAACUUCAUAAUGAUGCGUCAAAUCGCUUUGAUCUACAUGAACUGGUUCAAGAGCUAUCAAGAAAACAAAAAGAGACAUUGUGGAAUAGAUUAAAGGACUUGUUAGCAAAAGUUUUGCUAGAUAAUCCCAUAGAAGAACAGCAAAGAGUGAAGGAUGACAGCAUGGAAACUGAAAAAAAUGCAAUGCAGAAGCAAAGUACAGCUGUGAUUCAAGGUGUAGCAACUAUAGUUACUGCAUCUGUUCCUACAUUAGAUGAAAAUAUUGACAUCAAAGCUCUUUUAGAAUGUGCUGUGAUAUUAAAUGGCAUUCUCUCUCUACUACCGGAUUCUGAAAAAUCUCUGUCGGGAGCCAUUCAGUGCCUUUCAGAAUGCUGGUGGGAGAAGGGAUUAGAAGGAAAAGAACAAUUUGGGAAAACUGCUUUUUUGAUGCUUCUGAGGAAGAGUCUGGGGAAGAAAACUAUCGUGGGGCAAGAUAUAACCCGCCUAUGGCACCUUCACCCUGUUCUGCUGUGUUUUGAUUAUGACUCAGAAGAGAGUAAUGAAAUUAAAGAUUUAUUACUUCAGUUCUUUAUGAUCCCAGGCUGCUUCAAAAAAGAAGAGGGGAGAAGAUUCUUGAGCUUCCUUUUUACAUGGAAUGUAAAUUUCAUUAAGCUGAUACAUGGGACUAUUAAAAAUCAACUCCUGUGUUUUCCUAGGUCCCUGAUGAACCAUGUCGCUGAGAUUUACUUCAGAGCCUGGAAGAAGAGUUCAGGGGAAAUACUAGAGGUAAUUGAAUAUAGCUGCAUUCAGGAUUUCAUGCAUCAUGCAAUUCAUCUUCCCCGGAAGUCCCCCCUACACGCUAAAGUGCGAGAGAUGCUGAGCUAUUUCCACAAACAAAAUAAAUGUCGCCAAGGAGUUGAAGAAGUUCUUUAUAGACUUUAUCAACCUAUUCUUUGGAGAGCUUUGAAGGCCAUGAAUGCUGAGAUUCGUUCAAAUGCAGCACUAAUUUUUGGUGAUGCAUUCCCUAUUCUGGAUCCCAGUUUUAACAAAAAUGAUAUGGAAAAAGAAAUCCAGAGGCAAUUUGAUGAACUUUUUGCUCUCUUAGAAGAUCCUCGGCCCAUAAUCCGUUCAACAGGAAUACUUGGAGUUAGUAAAAUAACAUGUAAAUAUUGGGAGAUGAUUCCGGCAGCAGUGCUUGCUGAACUCAUGAAAUCUUUGAUUGAAAAUCUUGCCUUUGAUGCAAGUUCGGCUGAUGUCCGAUGUGCCGUUUUUAAAUGCUUGCCUAUAAUUUUGGACAAUAUACUGAGCCACCCAUUACUGGAACAGCUUCUGCCAACCCUGAAAUACAAUCUCCAUGACAAUUCGGAGAAAGUUAGGGUGGCUUUCGUUGAUAUGUUGCUGAAAAUUAAGGCUACGAAGGCUGCAAAGUUUUGGAAAAUUUGUCCUGUAGAGCACCUCUUAACUCGCCUUGAGACUGAUUCACGGCCCGUGUCCCGGAGGCUAGUAAAUCUUCUGAUCAGCUCUUUCUUGCCCAUCAGUCAACCGGAAGUGUGGUGUGAACGCUGUGUGACACUCAUCCAAAUGAAUGCAUCUGCAGCUAGAACGUUCUAUCAAUACACUCAUGAGUACGCUAGUCCCACCAAUAUAGCUAAACUCAUGCUUACCAUUCGGAAUUGUUUGAACGGCUGUAUCCAAAAGCAAUUAAAGGAAUCUGAGAGUGGAGAUGAAUACAGUGAGAAAGAAAACAUGACUGAAACUGAUCAUUUACUUUCGGUUGAUGACAUACCUUCCAUGGCUGGCUUGCUUGAAAUUAUUGUAAUUCUCUGGAGGAGUAUUCAGAAACCGCUUGAUUGCAAUGAAGAAGCAAAAAAACACAUUGUCCAAAAGUUCGCUUCUGUGCUACCAACAUAUUUAAAAAUAUUUAAGGACGAUCGUUGUGUGUCUCCAAUAAUUAUCCUGGCAUCUUUCAUCCCACCUACUGCUAUUCCUACAUUCAGUUGCGGUGUGAUUUCAAAACUGAAGAACUUGGAAAAUGGUGUGACUGAAAAGAAGUAUUCCACCCUACUUGACUGUCUGUGUCGCUGGGGCAAAUUAGGACAUAUCCUUGAAUUAAUCUGUGAUUGGAUAACGGCUGAGCCAAGGAAUAGAGAGACUAAUAAGACUCGACGGCGAGUAAAAAUCCAAGAAACGGAUGAGCCCAAGCCGGAACUGGCCCUUGAUUAUUUAGAAUAUUUACUGACUCAUUAUAUGAACCGAAACUGCCUUUUGUCACUCUCCAGAACGAAAUUGAACCAGCUUCUGAAAGUUCUUGAAUGCGGAAAGGAUGCGCUGGAUUCUUAUAUUCAAGGGUGUGACCCGGCAUAUCGUGGCUUUUAUCAAGCAACGGCAGUGAGAGCUUUCAGCCUCUACUGUAGAUUCAGUAUACAUCUUUUACAUAAGUUUGUCUCUGAAGAACAGGAUUACCUCUCAGCUUUGGGGCACAUGGGGACCUGGAUAGAAAACAGCAUUCUGCCUCAUUUUUUGUUAGAAGAAGAAGAGGGUUCCUUGAGGCCAUCCAAUGAAAUCUCUCAUCUGGUGAUUCAGACUUACCUAGCGGUGUGCAAAGAUCUUAUAGCUGUUGGACUUGGUGAUUUCGAAUUUCAAGCUUAUCUUCUGAACCUGGCAGCUAGGAUCAUAUCCAGAAGAAAAGGCUUCGUUUUCAUUCCAACGUUACUUUCUAUCCUGAGAGAGAUUGUCGAAGCUUUCUUAGCCUGUGACAUUGUCAACCCUGAUUGCAUAAUAGAACUUCUAACUAAUGUUCAGAAAAUGUUCCAGAAAAUUCUAGAGUCUAUGGCACUUACUCUCAGAAGACAAGAAGAAGGGAUACAGUUAAUUCACUCUGCUCGAGAGCCUCUUGGAGAAUUUGUACAUGUAGUCCAGUCCUGCGUGUUGAUUUUUCCAGAGAUUUAUGAAGGAGUUAUUUCUUCUCUUUUAGCUGCAGUAGUGGUUGAGAUAAAUUGCAGCUUGAAAAAAAAGCUAUCGGAUACAGAAAAACUAAUAACACCUAAGAGAUUCUUAGAUCUCCCACCACUUUCAAGCGUUUUAAUGGCAAUUGUGAAUAAAUCAGCAAAUGGAGCUAGGUCUUUUCUAAAUGAAUUACUGGAAUACAUUGAGUCUGAAGAAUGUGAAGGAAUUAUUAGCCUUACCACCAGUGUGUACAUUGUUGCUUUAAUUAAAGGUAAACAAAAACCUUCCUUUAUAAACACCAUUGCAGCUACUCUUCAGAAAAAAAUAACAGUGUACAACGAAAUUACCAAGGAAGGCGUGGAAAGACUGCUCUGUGAAGCUGCUUUGGGCAUUGUGAAUGAAAUGUUGGAUCCUUGAUCACGUAGACAAGAGAAUGGGAUGGAAGAUGUAUUUAAAACUUUUCAAAGAGAACCAUAUGCCUUAUAAGUUUUUGCCUCGAGUAAAAAAGAAUAUUGUUUUGACUGCUUUUUCUUUGACAUAUUUUUGUUAUUUUUGUUAAAAAAUUGAGUUGUGGUUCAAAAAAUAGAUUUUAUAAAAAAUGUACAUAUGUUUAAAAAUGCUAGUAUUUUAUACUGUAAAUGGUUGUGUUAUUCCUUGUACAUGUACUUUAAAGAAGGCGUGACCAAGCUUUUGGCUUCCCUGGGUCACAUUACAUGAAGAGGAUUUGUCUUAGGUCGCAUAUAAAAUAUCAAAUAUAGCUAAUGUAUAUAAAUACUGCUAAAAUUGCCUAAUAAUGUUAAAAAUUUCUGUAGGAGAUGAGCAAGUGGAGCCCAAGAGAGGGGUCAAGUGUAUCAUACAUUUUCAGUCCUUUCACGGCCAUAAGAAUACGACCCUCCUUGAAUUUUAUAAAUUCUUAUCCAUUUUGCUUUGACCAUUAGCAGCUCAGAUUUUGUAGAGAGUAUUUGCAUGCAAUAAAUCCAUAUUCAUUUGAACCACUCUGGUUCCUGCUUUCUUACAUUUGACAGUUUAUGAUCUUGUGGGGCCACAUUACUAUCCGCCCAGGAUUGCACGUAGCCCACAGGUUGGACACUCCUGCUUUAAAGAAAUUUGUGCUUUGAAUAGUUGGAACUUUUCUCAUUAAAUCUUUUUUUUGAAGAAUAGCAUGAACUCAUAAAGCAUGUAUUUUCAAUUACUAAUGCUUAACUAAAGGAUUAUAUAUAUAUAUAUUAAACACUGAGUGAUGGUGGUUGCUGGCAGGAUCAGUGAUAGUAGAAAUUUUCAUUCCAAUAACUAAUACUAAUAAUGAAUAACUUAAACUUUGGAAAUAUAUGAUGUUUUGGAUUCAUUUUCAAAACAGUGGUUCAAGUUAUGUGGGAAGGGGAAAACAGAAUUUUUCUACAACUCUUUAAAGGAGCCCUGUCUUUUUUCUAGGAUCAAGGGAAAAUUGAAAUUGAAAUUGAAAUUCUAGGAUCAAGGGAAAAUUGCAUCAUUAUAAGAAAAGACAUAGCUGCUUUAAAGAGUCAUAGACAAGUUGUACAUUUGUACAUAUUUUAGAAAACCUUUCCCUGAUUAUUUCUUUAACGUUAUACAGUCCUGUAAAAGAUGCAUGCUAUCUGUAAGGAACAUUAUUAGAAGAACAUACUCUAUAACAGAGUUGCCCAAACUUUCUGGGUUGGGGGGAGCAGGUGCCUUUACCCGCGCAAGUGCAUGUGAACGGGGCUGUGAAUUUGCGCAGUGCUCGCGGUGGCACUAGCGCAAGUGGAGGGGAUGCCACAGUUCUAUAGUUGUUCAUGCAUGUUUCUAUAAGUUGUUCCUUGAUUACUUAACACAAACAGAAAUUUUGCAUCUUUCCUCUACAUCGUGGCAAGCAAGAGUCUCAUUGAUAAUAUAUCAUAGGUCACUAAUAGAGCAGUCAUUGUUAAGGAAAGGGGGUUUGGGUUUAUCAGAUUUGAAACUGUAUUUUGAUACUUGUUUUUUGAUUUGGCUAAAAGAGAGUGAACCUUCAGAAUAAGAUGCAUGACCUAGAAGGUCAUGAAUUAAGAUUUGGAUCACACGGCUACUUACGGUAUGACAAAGUUAAAGUAAAUGUUGAUUUCAACAGCUACUUCGUUAGACAUGUCAUUCUAAAAGUUGGAAUAAAUAUAAAGUUUUUUUACGAGAUGCCUCUGGAUUUCCCCACAGGAAGCUUUUUUAAAAAGAGAAAUGAUGAAGUUGGACUGGUGGACAUGGUAAAAUAAUAUCUUAAUUUUGGUUAUCCUACCCUCAAAUCCAAGGAAGAGCUAGAAUCAGAAGGAUAUGUCUGCUAUUGGUUUACAUAUCUACAACUGAAAGAGAUCUAAAUUAGACAAGAAGAGUUAUGGGUUUGACUUCGUUAAAAAUGAAUUGGAAAUUUUACUGUGUGGUAGUGAUGAGCAUAUUGCUAAAGUCUAAAACAUUACUGAAUUUAAAUUUGGAAAGUGAACACGUAAAGCAUUGUAUGAUUCAACGGGCAAGGAAUUUUGGAUAUAAUGUAAUACUUGAACAAUGGG